AUGGCUGUAACGUCGCUUUCGCAGGAGGAAAAAGACGCUCUUAUUUACGAUGCUAGAGAGGGCGACUUGGAAUACCUCAAGGAGGUUUUCACCACCAUAGUGCCCGGUCUGCUUCUCCCUACUAUUGAGGACGACAUCACCAAAAGCACCGCUAUCCAUAUGGCCGCUGCCAAUGGGCACUUGGAAGUCGUAAAAUAUCUUUUAUCGCUUUUGCCCGAAAAAGAGGCCUCUGAGUUGGCCAGCAGGCAAAACGACAGCGGCAAUACCGCUUUGCAUUGGGCUGCUUUCAACGGUCAUUUGGAAGUGUGCCAGCUAUUAACGCAAACUUACAAGGUAGACGUUUACAUCAAGAACGGCUCCGGUCAUGAUGCCAUCUACGAGGCCGAGGCCAACAACAAGGAGGAAGUGGAGAACUGGUUGUUGAAGAUGUAUGCCAUCGAGGAUAAUGUGAAGGUCGAGGACCAGGGAGAGAAGACCAAGGUGACAUACACGCCAGGCAAGGAGUCCAAGGAGCUUGAGGAGCAGGCUCAAGAGGCUGAGAAGAAGAGAGGUGUGGAGAAUUUGGAGAAGAAGACUGAGGAGUUGAGCAUAGACAAGUGA